CUCCUCUAAUCUAGUGUAGUGUUCCUCUGCCGCCGAGGAAAUUCCCGUUUUCCUCCCGUGAGUGAUCAUGUGGUCUUCAUCUCGCAAGCCUUCGCAGCCUCAAUCUAAGAAACAAGAGAGGGAGUGGAUUGGUGGGAGUUUUAAGGCAGAGAAUUUCAUACCGGGGAUUGUGAUAGGUUUCAUCCUUGGUAUGUUGUUAGAUUUGUCCAAACAAGUGAAAUCCCCCAUUGGAAAGAGUCGGCUUUUAUCGAGCAAAACCCAGAAGCAGAGCACUGUGUCAAGCAAUGGUAGUGACCAAGAGCUUAAAAUGGUUCUGGUAGUAAGGCAAGACUUGAAGAUGAGAGCAGGCAAAAUCGCCUCACAGUGUGCACACGCUGCAACUGGCAUGUAUGCAGAGUUGAUGCAAAGUGAUCGAUACCUCUUGAGACGGUGGGAGCAAUGCGGGCAACCAAAGAUAGUCGUCACUUGCAAAAAUCAACAAGAAAUGAAUAGAAUCAUUGAAUCAGCCGAGAAUGUCGGCCUCCCGACUUUUGUUGUCGCUGAUGCUGGAAGAACACAGGUUGCUGCAGGAUCAAAAACAGUUCUUGCCGUCGGACCCGGACCGAAAGAGUUGGUCGAUUCAAUAACCGGCAGGCUUGCCCUUCUCUGACGGUGCUUCCCUCCUUUCGGGGUUCGAUGAUAUUCUCGGUUUUCGGAUAAAUUCUCGGGCGAGGCCUAGUUAAUGUGGUCUGAUCUGGUUUGGUUUAGGGGUUCUAGAUUGAUUGCAGAGGUGACCAUAGUUCUCUGGUUUAACCCUAUGUAUGUGAUACACUACUUAGUACACAAUGUAUAUUUGUUGAUUAUGUCUGAAAAUAUUUCAAGAUUUUAGAGUUGGUAAUAAGUAAGAUUGCCUUGAAUUUGAAUCUGUUAGACCAAUAUUUGCGGUUUUGUCCAAAUUGUGA